AUGAUUACUACAAUACCUAUUUCUCUUCAUUAAUCAACAGAUCGAACUGGAACUACUUUUAGGUUCGAAAAUCAAAAAUAAUAAAGCAUGAAUCUCUUACAAAGAGUUAAAUAACACUUAUAAUAUAAGUCAGCAACAUUUAAGACAAAAAGAGAAUGUGUUAUUGAUUCAUAAUAAUUGGAUAAACAUGUCAAUGAUGAGUUAAAUAAUAAAAAGUAUUUGACAGCUAUGGAUAACGAUGAUAUCAACCACCAAAAGUUGAUUGACGAUUGUGUUAGAGAUAUACUAAAAUUUAAUAAACCAGUGCCUAAUGAAACCGAUGCGUCUCCUCUAUUCAGGGGUAGUUAAAGAUCAUCCUUCUCAUAAAUUGGAAAAAGUGUCCCUAAAAAUAGAAUCAAAAGAUUGUCAUCCACGAUUUUGGUUGGACAAAUGGUUAAAAACAAAGGAUUAGAAAAACCAACAAUAAACUAAAUAAAAUAAUAACAAAUAGAUAAAAUAAUUAAGCAAGAGAGAGAUAGAAAAAGCACUGAAACAAAUCCAAAGCCUCCCCUUAAAAUAGUUUUACCUAUUAUUUUAACUAAGAACUAAGACAAAGAUUCUGUAAAUUAACUAUAAUAAAAACUUAGUAUGGUUACAGCAUCAUAGCGUUACUUGAAAACGAAAAAAAGAGUAUUAUCAUAAGACCCUUCUCCAUUAUUUGAACAUCAUACUAGUUUUUCAAUGCUUUCAGAUUCAUUUGAUUGUAGUCCUAAAUAAUAUGAAUCUAAUAGAAGGCUUGGAACAUUGAUACAACAAAUAAAUAACGAGAAAGAUGAGAUAACUACCCAUCAGAGAAGGAUUAGAAAUUCAAUUUGUUAAAAUUAAAAGAAUUUCAAUAAAAUUGAUGAGAAAUUUUAACCUGGAAGUUAAGAAAAAUAUAAUUAUCUAAAACAUGAAUAAAAGAUUUUUGGAAAAGUUAAUAAACGUAAGAUUGGUUCUUGA